AUAGAGUUUUAACGGUACAUAGGGUUUCAAGAAGUUGCUGCGUGAAUGAAGAUCACCAACUUUCAGCAGCUAUGAAAUGUAAACGUGACAUAGUGUGGUGUAGAUACGGGAAAAUAUGAAUCGUUGAGCUAGUUUAUUCAAUUGAUUUCAUAUUGUUUCGUUAAAGAUGACACAGUCUAUAGUUGUACAAGUGGGCCAGUGUGGCAAUCAGGUUGGCUGCAGAUUUUGGGACCUGGCUCUCCGAGAACACGCUCAUGUCAAUAAAAAAGGAAUUUACGAUGAAGCAUUAAGCAGUUUCUUCAGGAAUGUCGACACCAGGAGGAGUGAUGGGGAGGGUUGUGACAUCGCUGGCGGGAAGAUCCGAUCCCUCAAGGCCAGGGCCGUCCUCGUCGACAUGGAGGAGGGUGUGGUGAACGAGAUCUUGCAGGGGCCGCUGAGAGACGUCUUCGACAGCACGCAGCUCAUCACCGACGUGUCGGGAUCUGGCAACAACUGGGCAACGGGACACCGGGUGUACGGCUCUGCGUACAGCGAGCGGAUCGUGGAGAGGGUGCGGAGGGCUGCGGAGCGCUGUGACUGCCUGCAGUGCUUCUUCCUCAUUCACUCCAUGGGCGGAGGGACCGGAUCCGGCUUGGGGAGCCGCGUGCUUAACCUCCUGGAGGACGAGUUCCCGGAGGUGUGCAGGAUCGUCACCGCCGUGUACCCCUCAGCGGAGGAUGAUGUCAUCACCUCCCCCUACAACAGCGUGCUAGCCAUGCGCGAGCUGACAGAACACGCGGACUGCGUCCUCCCGGUAGAGAACCAGUCACUGGUUGACAUAGUGAACAAGAUAAGGCACAUGGCCCAUUCUGGGAAGCCCGGCUGUGUGAUCAGAAAGGACAGCACUCUCAUAUCCGGGCAGGGAGGGGUCACUGGAGCCGCCAAGCCUUUCGAUGCCAUGAAUAACAUCGUGGCCAACCUGCUGCUGAAUUUAACCAGCUCCGCCCGUUUCGAGGGCUCCCUCAACAUGGACUUGAAUGAAAUCACCAUGAACCUGGUGCCGUUUCCACGGCUGCAUUACCUGGUGUCCAGCCUCACCCCCCUGUACACACUGGCCGAUGUCAACAUCCCCACGAGGAGGCUGGAUCAGAUGUUCACGGACGCGUUCAGUAAAGAGCACCAGCUGAUCCGGGCCGACCCAAAACACAGCCUGUACCUGGCCUGCGCCCUCAUGGUCCGGGGGAAUGUGCAGGUGUCCGACCUCCGUAGGAACAUCGAGAGGCUGAAGCCCUCCCUGCACUUCGUCUCGUGGAACCAGGAAGGCUGGAAGACAGGGCUCUGCUCCGUGCCCCCCGUCGGACACUCGCACUCUCUGCUGGCCCUGGCCAACAACACCUGCGUGAAGCCCACCUUUAUGGAGCUGAGAGAACGCUUCAUGAAGCUCUACAGGAAAAAGGCCCACCUCCAUCACUACCUGCAUGUGGAGGGUAUGGAGCAGGGCUGCUUCACCGAGGCGCUCUCCUCCCUGUCCUCCCUCAUAGAGGAGUACAGCCAGCUGGAUGCCACCAAGACCCUGCUGCUGCCAGACGCCUCCAGACUCAGCAUAGCCACAUGAAGAGCCUGUGCUGUCAUACCCACCCCGCUACAGGAGUCU